CAGAAUGAAAACACCGAGCGGAUUUAUUCAGGAUAUCUAGUCCAACAUGUCCUGUCUAGGAAAGCUUCCAGUACGGACAAAAUCCGAGGAGCAGCUUUUCCAGGAGCGCCUGAGAAAAGUGGCGCAGGAGAAUGGAAGACGGCUGGGUAUGGACGGAGACCCAGAUCUUCAGUUCCUGUUGACCGGUGGGAAGCUGAUGAAGGUUCGCUCAAACAAGUGGCAGAAGGAGCGCAUCUAUAAACUGCAGGAAGACUGUCAAACCAUAUGGCAGGAGUCUAAGAAAACAAUAAAACAAGACCAGACCUUCCUCAUCGAUGACAUCGAAUCAGUGCGUAAAGGCCGUCGCUCCGAGGGGCUGAAAAAGUACACCGACCCCGCUUUUGAAGACAAGUGCUUCGCUAUCAUCUUUAAAGGACACAAGAAAAAUCUCGACUUGAUGGCAUCUUCCAAAGAAGAAGCAGAUCAGUGGGUCACCAGCUUGGAGAAGAUCAUGAACAACAUUCGCAACCUCAACCACAAGCAGAAGAGUGAACAUUGGAUCAUCAAUUGCAUGCGGAAAGCAGACAAGAACAAGGACAACAAGAUGACACUAAAGGAGUUGAAGCACUUCCUGCGGCAGGUCAACGUUGAGGUUGACGACGACUACGCUGAGGAUAUUUUCAAGAAAUGCACCAAGACAAAUGCAGGUUACUUGGAGGGCGACGAGAUAAAGCAUUACUACAACCUGCUAACACAACGUGAGGAGAUAGAUGUGAUAUUUACAAAUUAUGCUAAAUCAGAUGGUCAGAUGAGCCUCAACGACUUCAUGAAAUUCCUGCUGAACGAGCAGCGGGAGCAGGUGUCUGCAGAGGGCACCCUCAAGCUGAUUGAGAAAUAUGAGGUGGAUGAAACAGCAAAGCAGCAGAAGCGCAUGACCAAAGACGGCUUCCUGAUGUACCUGCAAAACGAGGAUGGAUCCAUCUUUAACCCAGCUCACAAAAAUUUAUAUCAGGACAUGAGUCAGCCCCUGAACCAUUACUUUAUCUCCUCCUCACACAACACCUACCUGAUGGAUGACCAACUCAAAGGGCCAAGCAGCACAGAAGCUUAUAUAAAAGCGCUGAUGAAGAGUUGUCGCUGUGUGGAGCUGGACUGUUGGGACGGACCCAACGGGGAGCCUGUUAUUUACCACGGCUACACUCUCACAUCAAAAAUUCUCUUCAAAGAUGUCAUUAGAGCCGUCAAGGACUUUGCAUUCAAAACUUCAGAUUACCCGGUGAUUCUGUCUCUGGAAAACCACUGUACAGUGACUCAGCAGAAACUCAUGGCCCAUCACUUGGUCUCCAUCCUGGGGGACGCUUUGGUCACAAAGCCUCUGGGUACAAAAAUGCCCACUAACUUCCCCUCACCUGAGGAGCUGAAGGGAAAGUUCCUGAUCAAGGGAAAGCGACUGAACAAACUGGAUGCAAUCUUCUCCAACAAUAAUACCAUAGAAGAAGACACAGUGUCUGAAGAGGACGAGGCUGAGGAGUGUAAAGAAAAUGGUCAAAAGCCAAAAGCAAAGAAAUCAAAGAUCAAACUUGCCAAAGAGCUGUCAGAUGUUGUCAUCUACUGUAAGAGUGUCCACUUCAACAACUUUGAACAUGCCAGAGACAGCCAGGCUUUUUAUGAAAUGUCAUCUUUCAAGGAGAGCAAAGCAUUCAAUCUGGCCGACACUUCAGCCACCGCCUUCAUUCAUCACAAUAUGGACAAACUCAGCAGGAUCUACCCUGCUGGCUCAAGGACAGACUCCUCUAACUAUAACCCUGUUCCCAUGUGGAAUGUUGGCUGCCAGAUUGUGGCGCUGAACUUCCAGACUCCCCACAAAGAGAUGCACAUAAACCAGGGGCGGUUUCUGCCGAAUGGUUUUUGUGGUUAUAUCCUGAAACCUGAAUUCUUGAGAAAUGUGUCCUCGCAGUUCAACCCCAACACACUGAGCAAAGGGCCAUGGCUGAAGAAGAAGACUUUUCAUAUCAUGGUGAUCUCGGCUCAGCAGUUGCCUAAACUCAACAAGGACAAGCAGAAGUCCAUCGUAGAUCCUUUGGUGAGAAUAGAAAUCUUUGGCGUCCCAGCAGACAACGCCAGCAAGGAGACGCACUACAUCAUUAACAAUGGGUUUAACCCAAUGUGGAAUGAGAAGUUCCAAUUUACCAUCCAUGUUCCGGAGUUGGCCUUGGUGCGGUUUUUGGUGGAGGACUACGACGCAGCAUCCCAGAAUGACUUCGUCGGGCAGUACUGUCUGCCGUUAACCAACAUUCAAAUGGGGUAUCGCCACAUCCCAUUACUCACCAAGAGGGGCGACGUCAUCUCUUCUGCAGGAGUGUUUGUGCACAUGAUACUCCUGGACGCACAGUAGGCGCUCGCGGGGAAAGUCAACGACAUAUUUGUUUACAAGGAUUGCAAAAUAUCAGACUUUUGCAUUCAUCUGUGCAAAUGUGCAAAAGUUUCUGCCUCUUUUUAUUUGUAACUUUUUAAACUGCUCUGAUAGGAGCUACCGUAGUUUAACAAAGCAAGAAUGACUAAACGAGUGAGCGAG